AUGUCUGCCCGUCCACGCACCGCUGUCAUGGCUCCUCCCAGCACCAUCUCUGCCAGGACCGGCUCGGACACUCUGGCCAUCCCGUCCCAGGCCCCUCGAUUCCGCGCCAACCGACAGCCUAGUGCCAGCUCCUCCAACCUCAGGCUGCCCUCGCUGCCGCGCUUCCAUCCUGCCAACUUCCCCUCGUCCAACUCCAGCGCCGCAAACACGCCAGGCACCAACCCCAACAGCCCGCAGCCGCCGCCCUCGCCCCGCUCCCAGCACAAGCAGUACUCGGAGGCCCAGCGCCAGCUCUACAUCUACCAGAGAGAGCUCCUUGCCAAUGCCACCCGCAACAUGGCUACCGGCACUAAGCCGGCCAGCCCUCGUCUGAACCCUCUGGGCAGCCCGGGGCCCGUCACUCCUCUCGAGCUUGAGGGCCAAGGGGGCGACUACCUCACGGCAGGGGCUAAGGCUUCGAGCGGCCUCAACGACUCCCGGAACGACCUCGUCGAGAAGCUCCUUCAGGAGGAGGCUAGGCGGGUAGGCCAGAUGUCUCCCGGCCGGCCGACGUCAGUGGGCAGCUGCUGA